AUCAGUAUGUAAUAUAUUUGUUGCAUUCCAAUAAAUCAAAAUACGAUUAAAUUGUUCAUCAUAUUAAAUAACAACAAAGUAUAACAUGAUUAAUUUUUAAAUAUAAAAAGUUUUCAUCUUUUAAUUAACUCAAAAAAAAAAAACAGUUGAUAUUAUCAAGGCAAAAAAUGGCAAAGGAAGUGAUUUGUCAUAAAGUAUAUUUUCCAUUGUCAAGAUCUUAUCAAUGACGAUUGUAUUUAUCACAAGAAAUUCAUUGUCAACAAAGAAAUAUAUUUGUCAAAAUUCUUACAAUCAAGUUUAUCAUUUACACAAAAAAUAAAAUGAUUAAAAUCAGAUAAAAUAUAUUUUUUUAUCAACACUAUCAGCUAUAUAAAAUGAAUUGUUUUCUAAAAUAUUGUCUAUUGAUUUAUCAUCAAGUACACGACUCAAAACAAUUUUCAAACAUAAUUAAUUAUAAUGAAAAAAAAGUUGAUAAAUUAUUUAAUUUAUUCAUUAGUUGUUAUAUUAAAUAUAUCAUAUAUUUAUUGUCAUGGAAUGCUCAUGGAUCCUGUUAAUCGUGGAAGUGCAUGGAGACUGGGAUUUAAUACACCUGUAAAUUAUGAUGACAAUGCCAAUUAUUGUGGUGGUGCAAAUAUUCAUCACAGUGUUAAUCAUGGUAAAUGUGGUGCUUGUGGUGAUGAUUAUCGUGAUUCAGUACCAAGAAAAAAUGAAAAUGGUGGAUACUAUGGAACUGGUGUUAUUGUUAAAAAUUAUACAGAAGGACAAGAAUUUAUUGCAACUGUAAAAAUAACAGCAAAUCAUCGUGGUUAUUUUGAAUUUUCAAUUUGUUCUCUUGAUGAUAUUAAUGUCAUUGAGAAUGAUGAAUGCUUUGAUAAUCAUCCAGUUGAAACAAUUGAUGGUAAUUUACAAUGGAAACUUCCAACAAAUGAAAGUCGUGAAUUUGAUAUUGGAUUAGUAUUACCAGCUGGUUUAACUUGUCAACAUUGUUCCUUGAGAUGGAAUUAUGUAACUGCCAAUUCGUGGGGUAUAUGUAAAAAUCAAACUGGAGCUGUUGGUUGUGGUCCACAAGAAACGUUUCGUACUUGUUCAGAUAUUAAAAUAUUAUAAUUAAUAAUUAUAUUAUUAUUGUUUUUUUUUUACGUUUUAAAUUUAAUAAAUUUAAUAUUUAUCUUUUUUAUUAUCAUUUAAUUAAACUAUAGAUAUUUUUAAAUAUUUGAUUUGAAAUAUAUUAAUUUAAUCUCGACAUUUUUAUCAUUAAUUUAACAUAUAUUUCAAUAAUGACAAUAAAUUAAUUCGAGAAAUAAAACCAAGUCACAAAGAAAGAUAAGAAAA